AUGGGAUGGGUCCUGAGUGUGGCCUCUCUCCUCAUCAUCUCCACCAACCUACUGGUGGUGGCUGCUCUCUUUCAGCUGAUGCGCAGGAAGGGCAGUCAGAGCUGGUGCUUCGUGCUCAACCUGGCCCUGGCAGAUAUCCUGGUGGGCCUGGCUAUCACUGGCAUUGUCACAGACGUGUUUCAAAAUUACAAUACCGUGAACAAUGGAACUAUUCCAAUUACUCAACCGCUACUCCUGAUGCACUCCACACAGAAGACCAAGUGUUUACUCCGCAUGGCCUUCAUCAUCUCCCCCUCAACGGCGUCCAUCUUGUCCAUGUUCCUGAUCUCUCUGGACCGCUACGUGGCCAUCAAGCUGCCGCUGCGCUACUCUCAGCUCACUGGGAGGUGGACCGUGACUGGGGCCCUGGUAGCGCUCUGGAUGGUAUCCCUCACCGUUGGCUUCCUACCAGGUGGAACAACUAACCUCAAUUAUCUUAUUUCAGAGGGGACACAUGUCCCUAACAACAGGCUCCAGCAGGGAGACUUUGAAAGCAGCAGCCUUUGCACCUUCUUCUCUGUCAUCCGUCCCAAGGGCAUCAUUGUGGUGUUCUGUGCCGUCUUCUUCCCCGUCCUCUCUGUCUUCACCUACUUCUACCUGGACAUUCUGAAGAUAGCUUGCGGCCAUCAGAGGCAGAUCCGCCAGGCCGGCUCCAGGCUGCCCCAGCGCAGCCGCUACUGGGGCCACGUCAAGGCCCUGAGGACCGUGGCUCUGCUGGUGGGCUGUUUCACCCUCUGCUGGUGCCCAUUUUUUGUGGUGUGUGCAGUGCAGAUACUGUGUGAGGCCUGUGAGCUGUACAAGGUGCUGGAAAAUGACCUGUGGCUGCUGGGGCUGUCUAACUCCCUCAUCAACCCUUUGGUGUACGCCUGCUGGCAGAGGGAGGUGCGGCUGCAGAUCGGGGUCCUCUUCUGCUGCGUUAAGUACAGGGUCAGGAACACAGCCGUGUUAGAGGCUAGUGAGAGAUGUCAGACAGAGCUGCGUAUACCCACUCAUACUGUUAUAUCUGUGGACGAUGCCAUGAGCCUGGACCCCACCUUUCCCACGGUCACCAGUGAAGAGGGCCACACUGUACCGUUUUCUGCCUCAACCCCCUUGUGA